CAGAUGUUCCCAUUCUUAGACGGCGAAAACGCGCGACUGGUUACUGCGCAUCCCUGAUAAUCACUGUGCGCUGGCAUUGCAGAGUACUACUCCAGCAGUCACUGCGAUAGCUAUCUAGCCGACGUAGUAGUCCAGGAUGUUUUUGAGGUUUGUUGCAUGCUUUGUCUUACCGUCACUAGCAGCACAAGUCCCGUUGGGUUUAUCGCCUGAUGGCAAGCCGUCACUGGAACUCGGAACUUCUACCAUAACUCAACCAUACAACUCUCUUGACUCGGAUGAUAGCCUCGACCUUUCAUCUUGGCGGCUUGACGAGCCACCUCCUGCUAACGAAACAGGGCACUUUGUUUUUGAAACUGUAAAUUCGCUGCUCCAGCAUUGGCCGAACACGCGCUAUCGAAAUGGCCAUACAAUGGUUCCCGGUGUAAUUCCCAAGGGCACCUUGUUGUAUCAUGGAGCUGUCAAUAACACAAUCCCUACGGUUCCCGAUUGGACAGCCACAGAUCCAGAACACUCCGUCCUCUUCUGCAAUGGCUCUCCCGAUACAGGAUGUUGGCACUUGACACUUGCAACAACUCGUCCCCUCAAAAUCCUUUACUUUGAUGGGACUAGCGCAGCUAAUACCAUAAUUGGCCCUCUUGAUACUCAGGAUAUCAUUGCAUGGGGAGAAUUGAGACCUGAUUGGCACUUUGAGGAGAACCAGCGCCUCAUGGACUUAUGCAAAUGGGGAGCACCGUACGCUGUCGAUGGUUAUGUUCGAAUGGAAAUGGACUUUGAAGUCAUGCUCUGUGACUUUACAGCUGGCCUGGAAGUCGUCUCCUGGUCUCACCUUGCUAGCAUCGCCGAACCGGUGUCUGCAGUCCCAAGAAUACCUAACUUUAUCAUGCUACGCAUGUUCGAAGUGAUGCACGCAGGGUCGUGGCACAAUCGAUACCCCGGGGAUACACGAAUAACCCUUGAUCUGGCUGGAAUCGUCUCACUGUACGACACCACCCUAGCACCGUCACUCGUUGGCUCACGCGACGGCCAGGAACGGUGCGACCACGACAUGAAAGCUAUAUCUUCUGCGGAUAUCAAGGCGGUCAGGCGUAGCGUCUCUCGCAUAUUAGAGCGAGAUCAGGGUGAUACUAGUGGCAUCGACUGGAAAACCCUUUUCAGAGUUAUCAUGGAACGUUACUCGGAGCGCUUCGAGUUUAUCGACUACCUUCUCAACUCAGAAAAUGACUCAAUCGUGGACCCAGCACUGCAGGUACAUGUCCAGUUGCGCGUGAUGCUCACACCAUACAUCUUCCACUCUACUGUGCCUCCCAGCGCAUCGCAUGACUCAUCUAAUUCCUGGGCAACACCAGUGUUCAAAGCAUGCGGGACCGCGCACACAUCAUCAAUCCUAUCAUACAUCUCGAGCCUGAACCCCUCAGAACGCCUUCUGUUGCAUGCAGUACAAAAGACUUCGCGUGAAAUAUGUCGCGUUGUUACAAAGAUGUGGGUUUCCGGCGUCCUCGCAGGACUUGAUAUAUAUCUCCCCCGCGACUCCACUCCGGACGCUGAGCAAAUGGCUCGCCUGAUGAGUUCGUGGAGGCAAGAAUUAGGUGCUUUGAUGACAUGGCUAGAUUGGAGCGUGUGGGUCAAGUGUCACCCAGCUUGUAGGCCUGAGGAAAUGUGUUACCUUCAUUCCUGGCCCAUCAACGUGCCAAGGGAUCAGUGUCCACACUAUCCUCCCUAUCAUGGACAAUCUGAGAGCAGUAAUAUUAUCAAUGCAGGCCUACCUCUUAGGGACAGGCUCCUCAUGCAACUGGCGAGUCCGCAGGAUGAUGACUGGAAGAAGCCCAAGCCAAAGUGCAUCAGACGAAUUGCGCCAUACAGUUUCUAGAUUUUUAUUUGAAACUAGUAUUUACUAAUGUCGUCCUUCCGGUGAUGACCGGAGACUUGUUAUCAUUCAGAUAUCUUGGAUACGCACAGCUACUGUUCACGUCCUUUCUUGCUAGUUUCCUCGCGCGGCCAUUACUGCCGCACUCCCAUCUAGACAGCAUGUGGCCAUACUGUCAUGUGUAUAUUACCCGAUUGUGUAUACCAUCACCCAUCAUGAGUUCCAGAUCUCUCAUGUGCUGCACG